GAGUUUAUGUUGUCCUCAUUUAUUAUUCAGCGAGAGGUUCCAUGUCCUGUGAUCAGUUCAUUUGCUUUAAACAGAAUCAAAAAAGAAAAUAAUUAAAAAAAAGUCUGAACAAAAAAAAGCUUUCAGAAGCAGAGCAGGAAAGUGUACAGUGCACCUUAAGAAAAGCCGGGGCUGGAUGUGAUUGGCAUAGACAUUAUUCCAUCCUUGGUACCCUGCCGUUCCGGGAUUACAGUGACGUCACGCUGAUACCCUUGCAUGGGUGAAUGCUAAAGAACUAUAGAGCCACAAAUAAUAGCACAAGCAGAGUCCAUAUCUUGGAAGACUUACUUAUCCUUUAAGCCUCCUUCAGCUAACAUAACAACAUUUUUUCCAACUUAAUGACGCUUAAUUUCAUUUCUUAUCGGAUCUUGGGGGGAUUAUUCCCUCAUAUAAAACAAUCUGCAGCUGGUGCCAUCCUAAAGUCUCCUUCCUUGGAGUGAAGUCAUCUAUUAUUGAGCGAAAGGCCGUGUGGAAAUGUGUGGAAGGUGAUGGAUUUGAAGUAGAAUUGGUUGCAAUCGAUCAAGGCUGAAGAAUAUUCCUGAUGGUAACAAAGGAAGCAGCUAUGUCUUUCUCGCAGUUUGGAUACCCUUACAGUACAACUUCCCAGUUUUUCGUGUCGGCAAACCCCAGUUCGACUUGCUGCGAUUCGAUUUCCAGGUCGGUCUCUGACGGGACAGGGAGCUCCCAGACAGCCGCCGCCGCCUCCUUCUGCUGCCCGUCCUACGAGAACCGGCUCCUGGCCAGCAGCCGGACGGAGCUGAACGCAGCGCUGGGGAUGUACAGCUCUUCCUACGCCGCAGCGGCCGCAGCCAGCCAGAACUACGCCAACUACUUCCCCUACGGCACCGACCCAUCCGCGAUCUACUCCUCUCUGAAUCCCCAGUAUGACAUCAAGGACAGCACAGGGACUCUACACUCUGGCAUCACUCAGACUGCUGCGUACUACCCCUAUGACCACUCACUGGGACAGUAUCAGUACGACAGAUACGCGACGGUGGACUUCAGUGGAACGGCCCGGAGAAAGAACGCCACGCGUGAGACCACCAGCACUUUGAAAACAUGGUUGUACGAGCACAGUAAGAACCCCUACCCCACCAAGGGAGAGAAGAUCAUGCUGGCCAUCAUCACCAAGAUGACCCUCACCCAGGUGUCCACCUGGUUUGCCAACGCCAGGAGGAGGCUAAAGAAGGAGAACAAGAUGACCUGGUCGCCAAAGAAUAAGGCAAACGAUGACAGGAAGGAUGACUUGAACAAGGACAACCGAGACUGUGUCACCAAAGAUUCCAGUGAUUGCAAAGAGGAGAAGGAUCUGCAUCUGAGCGAGUUGGAGGACAUGGACGAGGACGGCUGUGACAAGCUGGACAGUGACUGUGAAAAGGUGGCAGCAGAUGAGCAGGACAUCCAACGAGCCAUGGUGAUGUCUGGACCUCCUCAGAAAAGAGACUGCAGCUCUGAACUGCACCUGAGUCUAAACAACAGCUUCCACUCGUUCCCCUGUGCCAUCAAAAGCGUUACCGCCCUGCCCCCUCUCCCGUCGGACUUCCUGGAUCCUAUGGUGUCCAAAGCUGCCCCUCUGACUGCUCCAUCAGGAACUGUGCAGUCUCAUUUUGAAGCAUCAGACAAGCCGAGGAUCUGGUCUCUUGCUCGCACGGCAGCUUCGGGGGUCAUACUGAGCCCUCAGCUGCACGGCUCUGAACUGAGGACAGGAAGCUUAACUGGAGACUGCCAGCUACAGAGCUCCAGACUAUCUGGGGUUCCCGUUGGACAAUGUGGGGCCACACGAGGCCUCCAUGAAUCCGGCAGUGCCGAGAGCUCGUUCCCCGAGGGCUUGUCGUUGCACUCCAAAGUUUAUGGCACAAGCGGCUACAAUCACAAGGGCCUCCAACUCCACAGCUCGGCCUACGCCGCUGUCUCAGACGCAUGUCAGUACCCCGCCACUGAAGGAUUCUCUGGAGGUAAAGUGGAGAUUCGGUCGCCUGACCUCGGCGAAGCCUGUGGGACCGUGCUGGAUGACAAGGUCACCGCAUUCAGACCAGUCAUGAAGAGGUGAAGCAGAGCACUGGAGACGGGACAACUCCGUAACGACUGGGACCUUUCUCAUGCAGUAAGGACACACCGACCAAGCUGCCUCAGUCUGACGCACAGGAGCUCUGCGUGGCGCUGCGGCAGUGACGCCUGUCUAACUGUGGACUUGACAAGCAUUUUGCACAUUGUUUUGAAGUUAAAGACUUUAUGCAAAAACUAAUUCUAGAUGCAAAAGUGUGAAAUUGGCUCAAAUUUGUGUGUGGCAAUUGUGUAAUAGUGUGAUGUUAUUUAUUUGUGUGUAUUUAUUAUUUUGUGUCGGUUAUCUGUUGGAUUUGUAUCUCCUUUUGGGUAUUCUGUUCUUCUUUUUGUGCUUUCUGUGUCAUGUUGCCUGAUGUAAAAGAGAAGAAAACUGUAGCCGGACUUAAAUCUGGCUUCUUAAAGUCUGAAUCCGCUGUUUUACACGUGACUCUGGGUGUUUUGGUCAUCGUGCUCCGCGAAGCCCCUUCUUGUGUUUGCAGACAUUUUCUAACAAUAUAUGUGUUUUUUUUCUAACUGCUUUUGUCUUGUGUUAUUUAUAGAGCCGAAAAAGCAGCUGAUUAAAAAAACGUUUGCAGA